AAAAAGGUCCAGGGCAAGGACUCGGAAUCACAUUGAAUAAAGCAGCUGGUGGGAUUGGAAGAGUGUGUUUUAUGCCUGUGCUAUAGCUCCCUCUGUUUCUCCAUCAAUGGCCACCGAAAUACAUGGUGAUGGUGAUGACUUGGUGGUGCAACUUCUCCAGAGCACCGGCGUGGACGGCCAGAGGGAUGGCGCCGUCGCAAUGUCGCCGGAGACGAGCUCGGCGUUGUCGCUGUUCAUGCUCGACCCGCGCGAGCGGGACGCGGUCUUGGCCCGGGAAGCGCUCGAGCAAGGGGAGACCAAUUAUAGGGCUCUCGUGGAGAUCUUUCUGGGUCGAAAGUCGAGUCAUAUACAGCUGAUCAGGCAAGCUUAUCAGAGGAAAUUCAGAAGGCAGUUGGAGCAAGACAUCAUCAACAUUGAGCCUCCUCAUGCUUUCCAAAGGAUUCUUAUAGCACUUGCCACGUCCCACAAAGCACACCAAGCAGAUGUUAGCCAACAUCUCGCCAAGUGCGAUGCUCGCAGACUCUAUGAAACUGGCGAGGGACGCUCGUCGGGAGCGAUUGAAGAAGCUGUCGUGUUGGAGACAGUAAGCAAGAGGAGCAUUCCCCAGCUAAAGCUCACUUUUUUGAGCUACAGGCAUAUUUAUGGACAUGAUUACUCCGAGUCACUCAAGAAAGUAAGCGCCACGGAGUUCGUGGAUGCUCUUCGAACGGUCGUGAAAUACAUCUCCAACGCACCCAAAUACUAUGCCAAGAUGCUAUACACGAGCCUCAAGGGAAGGACUAUCGAUAAGAGCGCAUUAACACGAGUGAUGGUGAGUCGGGCAGAGCUAGACAUGAGCGAGAUACGGAGAGCUUUCAAGAGAAAAUACGGUGUGGAGAUCCAGGACUGCAUUUGCCAGAGCGUUGUGUGUGGGGAUUACAGAGACUUUCUGGUUGCAUUGGCCGCCAAAACAUCUCCUGCCGCAUCAAGUUCCAACCUUUUCCAUGGUUUGAAUCAAGGAAGUGAUUAGGACAGACUGUUGAAUUUCAUCGAGGUUGUUAUUGAGCAUGUAUAGAGUCCAUUAGAUGGCGUUAAGUUUUUUAGCAGAGCAGUAAAUUGAGAGGGAUGGCUAAAGAAUCACAUCGUGUUGCUCUCCACUAUGAAGUUACUUUUGAUGCUAUAGUGCCAGCUUUCUUUCCUCGGAACUUUCAGACUGAAGAACACUAAGCAGAGGACUUUUUCAGAAUGGCUUCGGAAAGUAAAAGCACAAUCUUUCACGUAAA